AUGACUGUGUUGUAUGACGAACUAAGCAUUGCUGGUGAAUACUUCUACAUGUUCUACGAGGCUGUCACGGCUCACGAUUGUAAAGGCUUGUACUGUUCGGAUUUCACAACUGAAUGCGUUAACGAUGGAUACGUCACUCAGAUCGACGGAGUCUGUUCAUAUCCAGGCAUCGCCACAUGGCCGGGUGGAAGCUACGCACUUCUCUCGGCUAUCGAUGGCUGUCCGGACGGAUUCACAGAGGGCAACUACACACACUGGAGUGACGGGGCCAGCAGCAAGUCAUCUAGUUUCCACCUUGCUGGCGACUUCCAAUCCGAGUACACAACGUACAAAUUCUGCGUCAUGGAGAACAGUAACAGUGGUGGCAAGUGGCCAACGGGAGCGUACUGUAUCAUGAGAAAAGCAGGAACCUGCCCUGAAGGUUUCUCUGAGGGAUCUGUUAUUUACGACGACGAGAUUCGAUCAGCAGACAAGAACAAGACGAUCAACGAACCGAUUCCAGAUGGUGUUUUCGACAACAACACGCAGUUCUUCUACUGCUGUAGGGAUGAUGGGUUCCGUAAUGAACCACUAGAUAUACCGAACUCGAAGCCGUUAGUACUUUUCCGCAUAGGAAGGUGGUACCAAGGCUGCCAACAGGUGAAAGGCAUGUACGUGACAGCUGAGAAAUACGUAUUCGACAAUCAUAAUGAGGGAGUUAGUAAUAAGACUGGAUCUAUCCCGUACAUCUCGGAAUCAUCCACCAAAUACCACGUGAAUUUCUGUUACUAUCGACCCUACAAUAAAGACUGUGGUGGAAUUAUCGACCUAACAACUGCAGAACCAAGUAAAACAUUCACCAGUCCUGGCUUCCCCAACAACUACGCACCAGAUAUGGAGUGUCACUGGCUAAUUAAGGCACCUGAAAAAGCAACUAUCGUUCUCAACUUCAAUGAUUUUGACAUCGAGAGAUCAGGAGAAACCUGCAAAGACUCUCUAGAAAUACGUCACGCCAGGCUCGGACAGUCAGGACCUAAAUACUGUGGUGAUGGAAUGGAAGCAAGCGUACGCAGCAUUUUCAACACGUUGAAAUUAAGACUUCGCUCAAACAUGGCUGGUUCGAACAAAGGAUUCAAUGCCACUGUGUAUACUAUCUUCCCUGAAGAUCUGUGCUACAGUCUUGAAGACAAGGGGGCGUCCUACCGCGGCAACGUCAACUUCACCCGUGACAUGAAAGCCUGUCUACCGUGGGCGGAGACGACGUCGUGUCGACACCACCCAUUUAAUCCAAAAGACUUCGGCAAGGCGCUGGAUAAGAACUAUUGCCGUAACCCUGACAACACUGCCGGGCCAUGGUGUUACACUGAUGUUACUGGUUGUGACAGGAACUACUGCGACCCAUGUCUGUUCGAAAAUGUGUUUGACAACGCUGACGACUGUGUGGACGAAGGACCAGACUUUUGCACAAGUUACCCGGAUGCUUUCGCCAGAUGCGGUCUAACCUGUGCAGAGACCUUCCUGACUCAUGAUAUACCUGUGGCGUCUUCUGAUAUUAAAUGUGCAAGACCGUCCGUUGCUGAUGCUGACGUGUUAACAACGAAGACAACGUUCAGUCUUGGUGAAGAGGUUGAGUUCCGCUGUCGCAGUGACAACGAGACGACGUCAGCGACGUGUCUCACCAGCGGAUCCUGGUCAGUGGGCAACUACGUGUGUGGAGCUUGUCCCACUGGAUGGGUAGCACAUGGAGGCCACUGCUACAAGUACUUCACGGAAAAACUCAAGUACUCUGAGGCGGAGAUUGCGUGUGCCAGCCAUGGCGCUAUUCUAGCUCCGACUCCGGACAAAGAGAUUCUCGACUUUGUCGUGUCCUUGAGAGUCUAUCUUCAGAAGAUUUGGUUAGCAGCCACUGACCGUGAAACAGAGGGCCAAUGGGUGUGGCCUGAUGGAACGAAUGUAACGUACACCAACUGGGCAGCAAAUCAGCCGAGCAACAACAGUCGUGAAGAUUGUGCUUACAUCAACGGUGAGGACAACGACAACAAGUGGAGUGACGUCAACUGCGUGUGGUACCACAGCCACCCCUUCGUGUGCAGGAAAACUGUAGCAGCCCCAUCACUCUGUAAAAACCGAAUUUCGGGAUGUGAGAAGAUUCUGAAACAAAAGCCUACUGUUUGUAAUGAAUACACGGACUAUGCCGAAAACGAGUGUCGCUUGACGUGCGGAAAGUGUCCCGAUGAUGCUCUAACCGACACUGUUUUGCCGAAUAAUGACGUUGUCCUAAAAAAUCGAGCAUCAGUUGGAAGCGGAAGAUAUGUGUACACGGGAAACACCGAUGACUUCCGAAUCGAACGUGACGGAGAAAUCCGAAGCUGGCAUUUCUACAGCAAGUACGCAGGGGAUGUGACGCUGCAAGUCUGGAGACCCAAGACAGAACUAGGAGAAUUCAAACUUGAGUUUGUGGGACAAAACAAAAUCGUCACUAAAGACAAAAGACUACAACAGAUUUACAUUGCACCGGCUGACAGAAUUGUUGUCCAGAAUAACGACCUAAUCGGGGUGUACUACGGCUACAAUAAAGGUGGAAUCCCCUAUGACAGAUGUACAGACGGCUCCGUGAAGGUCAUGUACAGCAGAUAUCUUUACUCCAGCGCCGACAAGUUCACCGUCGGGAAGGUCGAACAGUUCAGCACUAACGUCAGCUGUCGUGUCUUCUCUCUCACCGCCAUUGUUGGCCCCAAAAGUACCUGA